AAAGAUUCUACUUAACGAAACGGUCUCCCUGCGUGUGAGUAGAAAAUACGUAUUCGCACUGAAUGGUCACCCAAUUUAAUUUGUAGUUAUUAUAUAUUAGUAGUCGACUCGACGAUGGAGUUUCCACCGUGUCCGCCUUCACUGAAAUCUAUUCAACACUUCCUCAAACUGGCGCAAGAACAUGAUUCUCGCGAUGUCGUCAUUGCUUACUGGGCCCGUCUCUAUGCCCUGCAAAUUGGGCUAAAGGCAUCUUCACAGUCUGCCGAAGAAACAAAAUUGUUGCUGGCAAUUAUGGAUUGGCUGGAGCAGAUGAAGAAACAGCAUGUUGACAACGAGGCCUUGACUAACGACAUCGCUGCACAGGCUCAUAUUGAAAAUUAUGCGCUCAAACUAUUCCUUUAUGCCGACAAACAGGAUCGCGAGGAAAAUUUUGGCAAAAACGUUGUCAAGGCUUAUUACUCCAGUGGUGUGUUGUACGAUAUAUUGCUUACGUUUGGUGAGCUGAGCGAGGAGGCUCUCCAUAAUCGCAAAUACGCCAAGUAUAAGGCUGCCUACAUACAUAAUUGCUUGAAGAACGGUGAAACGCCUAUUCCGGGCCCAUUUCCGGAUGAUGAGUCUGCCGAAUUGGGUGAUAAUCUUGCUAGUGGAAGUGAUAAUGCUGGUGCUGGUGCAGGGUCACAGCCAGAUUUACCCGAUGAAUCACCAUCAGAAGACGUCCAUCCGAUUGCACCAACUACGCCAUCGCCGCCAGCUUCGCACAUAACACCACCGACAGCAGAAGAGGUGCUUAACAAUCCAAACAAAUUGCCGAGUCCCCCUGUAGAGGAAGAGAAACCAGGUGGUUUUGAGCCAUAUGUGCCCACGGCACAGCCAAAUGCAGCAACAUAUAUACCGAUCGUGCCAGUUGCAGGCGUUCAAAUAACUCCAGAUCAAAUGAUCACCGCUCAGAAGUAUUGCAAAUAUGCAGGCAGCGCCCUCAACUACGAUGAUGUAAAGACGGCCAUCGAAAAUCUGCAAAAGGCACUCAAGUUGCUCAGCACAGGCUCGGAAUAAACACACACGUUUAGAUGGGUAACUCCGGAAAGAUACCGGCGUAGAGUACCGAGCACUUAGAAAGAAGCACACACUCUUGACAUCGCAAAUACACAGAAUCCUAAUUAUUCGACGGCCACUUGAAGUGGAUGCUUAAUAAACACCUUAAACAAA